AACACUGAAAUAAUUAAUUUCCAGUUUCAUCCUCAUUAUUACGAUACCUCAUCGCAUAAUAAAAAUGGAUAUGAAAAUAAACCGUAUACGAGCACCAAAUUUUUGUCAAGCUGAAAAACUAGCACUUGUAUCAUUAAUAAAAAAAAUACAAAUUGAUAAUAGAAAAUAAGCGGACUGAUGCUGUGAGUGUUAGAGAAAAAGAAGAGGCUUGGCUAAAGAUAUUGGACGAGUAUAAUCAGCAAAGCAACUGUCGCCCUCGCGAAUUAGGAAACAUAAAAAAUUUCUGGAUUAAUGCUAAAAAGGACACCAAGAAGUUGUAUGCAAAAAAUAAAAGGGAAAUAUAUCUCACUGGUGGUGGAUCGUCAAAUAUUGUGAGUGAUGUUGUGGCCGAUGCCGUUUAUGAAAUAAUUGGGCCAUCCAUCGAUGGACUGAUCAAUCCGUUUGAUUCUGACAAGCUCAUAUUUCGAAUUAUGUAGAAACGCCAUCAACUAUAACAAAUCUGCUAGAUAAUGAUAUGGAGAAUGAUGAUCCAAAUCAUACAAGUGUUUUCCAGCAUUUAGUAAAAAGCGGAGAAGUGAAAAGUUGGGCGGAAUAUAAUCCUCAAAAAUUGAAAACCAUCAUCAGUCCCCCGCUUUCCAAUGUAAAAGAAGGUGUUCAGGAUAAAUAUAAGCGCCUAAAAAUGGUCGAGUCAACAAAAACUUCCAAUGAAGAAACAUUGAGUCUUAUGGAGACAAAAACAGCACUAGCAAAGUUAAUGAUGAAGAACAUUCAAGCCAAGCAACAAAUUGAAACAAGAAUACUAAAAACAAAACUCAAAGAGAAACUUGCAGUUAAAUUACUUAAAAUGAAAUGUAGAAAGAUGAAUAGAGGAGAGCCUAUUUCUUCCAAUUCAGAUAGUAUGUUGUCAUCUGAAUCUUCAGAAGAGGUUUUUUAAUCUACAUAUACAUAUGAACGGGUAAAGGAAACAUACUGAUGGUACGACACUGGUAAAUAUGCAUAAAAGGUCACACC